UGCGACGGUGCGGGGAGGAGGGAAGCGGUUAGAGGUGGGAGUUGGCGUUGCGGGCCGGGCGGGGGCCGCGGAGCUGCGAUGCGGACGGGGCCGCGGCGGUGACCCGAGCUGCCGCCCGACAUGAACUCGCUGGAGCAGGCGGAAGAUCUCAAGGCUUUUGAGAGGAGACUUACAGAAUAUAUUCAUUGUUUGCAACCUGCCACUGGACGUUGGAGAAUGCUUCUUAUAGUGGUAUCUGUCUGCACAGCUACUGGUGCCUGGAACUGGUUAAUAGAUCCCGAGACACAAAAGGUGUCCUUCUUCACAUCUUUAUGGAAUCACCCAUUUUUCACUAUUAGCUGUAUUACUCUAAUAGGCUUGUUCUUUGCCGGAAUACACAAGAGGGUCGUUGCACCAUCAAUCAUAGCUGCUCGAUGUCGAACUGUAUUAGCAGAAUACAAUAUGUCUUGUGAUGAUACAGGAAAACUCAUUUUAAAACCUAGGCCUCAUGUUCAGUGACAAUCUGCACUCAUUGUUAUGGGACCUAAAAUAGCCUUUCUUCAAAUGAGUGAUAAACAGCAAAAAGCCAUAAAGGAUUCCUUUUACAAUUGGAUAUGUGAAGAUCAUAGCAACAACUGACAAGAAGUGUGCAAUAUUUACCCAGAUGAUCUCGAUGAUGAUGACUCGCCUCCCCCGUGCUUGGUACCUUUGAUUAUCUGUGUUACAGUAUUAGUGUCACUUUAGUACUUCAGACCCUGCAGAGACUUCUGCAGAUGAAGUUUGUCUAUAUGUUACUAAGUUAAACUUAGAAACAGAACCUCAUCCAGUUUUUAUAAUGUAUUUUUGCAAACUACUGUAAAUAGCAAAUCAAUGCCAAUGUCAAAGAGGGAAGCCUUCCGUGGACUUUGUUCUCCUGCACCAGUAUCGUGGGAGCAUCCGUUGGCCGGCCCCAUGGCUCUUCACACCCAGCUAUCCCGCAUAGCUGUGCCUUUCAUUCUUACACCCCUCUGUUCUAAUCAUAAUGCAAGAAAAACAUCGGAUCGAGUGUAAACUGAGAAAGACUCAUCUCCAUUAUGUUGUGAGAAAUUAUAGAUGUUCUUCUGAGAAAACAUUUUUGUUAAACCAGAUAGUGAACUUCAACCACUCUCACGGUAACCAUUUCCAGUUUGUUGUUUUCCUUCAAUGCUAAAUAUACUUUAUAUUUUUUUUUAAUAAUUUUAAGAACACUCCAAAGGCUUCUGAAUAUACAAGUUUAGUUAUAAAUUAUGUACUGUCUGGGAAUUUGAUAGUCCUUGUUUUAGAUCAUUGGAUCUUAACGCCGCGGUUGGCGUGCUGUUACACUAGUGUUGCACGGGUGUAAUUGAUCAGCUGCUCCAUCAUGGGGUGACUUGGGAGCGGUGCCCCAAACUAGAGUCUACAAUUCUCACUGUUCGGAGAGUGUUAAUGACAUACUGUGUAUGCAUUUUAGCCACGUGUACUAUAAUUGCCCUAAUCUUAAACUAUUGGGAUUGCUGUAAAUAUUUUAAAGAACUGGAGGUGCCUUUUACCUGUUUAUUAGAUGAUUUUGAAAAGGUUUAAAUUAUUUCAUGAGCAGUCUUUUAAAUUCCAUUUAACAUGAAGCUGAAAAUUCACUCACAGGACAAAAACUUUUUAACAAGGCUACCAUUUAACUUAACUGUCCAUCUUGGCUUUGACGUGUUUGAGAUUUUAUUCUUAAAACUGCAGCAAUAAGACCCUCUCUGUUCCUACGAAGUCAUCAGAGGGUACUCUAUGUAUUCGGCACAGUUUGAUUGUCUGUAAAUUUUGUAGGUAAAUAUGUGCAUAAAAAUAAAUACUUUAUAUAUAA